AUGAACAUCACGCAUCCUCUUGGUAAUGAAGUCAGUAAGGCUUCAUUUUCCUGUUAUACAUCCGAAGAAAUCAAGAAGUUAUCAGUCAAAGAAAUAGUCGAUCCUAUUAUAUUUGACGCAGUCGGUAUUCCUAACGAAGGAGGGUUAUAUGAUCCCGCCUUAGGUCCAUUCACUCAUAGUGCCUUUUGUGGGACAUGUAAUCUUGAUUUCUAUCGUUGUCCUGGUCAUUUUGGACAUAUAGAAUUACCCGUUCCUGUAUAUAAUCCUUUGUUCUUUGUACAUAGUCUUGCACUUUUGCGAUCUAUAUGUCUCGAAUGUCAUCAUUUUAAACUUAAUUUAUCACUGACAUUCCAAUAUACUGCUAAAUUAAAAUUAUUAAAACAUGGGUUACUCUUGGAAUCACAAAUGGUAGAUGGAAUUGAUCAAUUUGUGAAAAUGAGCCUGAAAAAAGGAGACGAAAAACAUAAGCUUACAGCCAUAAUUGCAGAAAGAAAAAAGAUCAUUCUGGAAUUUCUGCAUACUUGUUCCAAAAUCAAGCAAUGUGGACGUUGUGGCUCCUUUUCUGCAUCAUUUAAAAAGGAAGGAUAUUCCAAAAUUUUUCGAAAACAAUUAUCUAUAAAAUAUCAAAAAUUACAAGGGGAUCAUUUUAUAAAAUCUAGAAAGAGAAAUUCUCCUGCAGAAGAAAUUAUUUCGGAAAAUGAUGAAGUUGAUAAUAAUACAACGUCUUCAAAAUUUGGAAAUGAAUUUAUUACUCCUGGAGCUUUGCGUGAUCAUUUUCUUAAGCUAUUCGUAAAUGAAUCCGAACUGUGUACAAUGUUAUAUUGCGCUCAGGGACUUUUAUCGGAUGUUAUGGGUUUUCGUCACAAAUCUCCAAAAGCCGUCAAUGCGAAUAUGUUUUUUAUAGACGUUGUUGCAGUUCCUCCAACGCGGUUUCGACCUGCUAAUAUUGUUCACGAUAAGACAAUGGAAAAUCCACAAAAUGAACAUUUAAUAAGGAUAUUGAAUGCACGUCAGGGAUUUCUCAAUUACGCUGCAAAGAUGAACGAAUGCAAAA